AUGGCUGGAAGGCCAUCGAUACUGCUCCUCUACGCCAUCAUCGCAACCACCAUCACACCAGGCUACGCCUUCGAUCUGGUCACACGCGCCGACACAUGUCCGGACUCCUACAAGCAGUGCGGAAACUCCAAUUUUCCGGGUUCCUUUUGCUGCUCCUCAUCAUCAACAUGUAUGAGCUUUGAUGAUUCAAGUUCAGUCAUUUGUUGUGAGGAUGGCGAGGAUUGCAACUCCAUUGCAACCAUCUCAUGCGAUGUGCAGCAACAGAAUGCCACUCUUCAUCCACAGAGUCCGAUCAAGACGACACGCUUGGAUGAUGAUUUGCCCAAGUGCGGUGAUUAUUGCUGUCCAUUUGGGUAUGAGUGCAGGGAGAGUGACGGGAGGAGUGCUUGUGUGUUAGAUAGCACUUCUUCGUCGUCUUCGGCUUCGUCUCCAUCGUCUACCUCAUCUUCGACAUCAACAUUCAAGACUUCAACUAGAGCAUCCACAGCUUCUACAACAUCUGCAACUGCAACAGACGAAGCAUCCUCAACAUCAGACACCAUCGCCGUCAUCCCAACGGCAGCCCCCGAAUCCAAAACCUCCAAACAAGAAUCCUCCUCCUCAAGCCCCAGCCCCAGCGCCCUCCCAGACACAAGCACUCUAUCAAAAUCAAACAACUGUCCCUCCUUCCCAACUCCCGCCAUCCUCGCCGGCUUCUUCCCCGGUGCCAUCUUCGGAGCAGCCCUAGCAUUCCUAAUCCCACACUGCCUCCGAAAACGACGACAGAGCCUCCCUCCCUCCGCCAAGGUAGCACAGUUUACAGAACGAACGAGAAACGGGACGUUACUCGGGAUAUCAGACCCAAUCCCAUCAGACGACACAGCGAUGAGGACGGAUUUCCUCGCCUGCCAAAGCCCCAACAUCGACAACGACAACUCCAACAGUGCAAACAGCGAUAUCCUCCGCCGCGCAAGCGAAGGAACCCGCUCCCGCCUGCACCGCACCGGCUCCCGCGUCAAAUCCUUCCUCAGCACCCGCCACGAUCCAACCCUCGACUCAGACGUCCCCGUCGUCCCGCCCUUGCCCGUCCACGUGCAUGACCCGCAUGCACAUGCAAAUGCACAGUCCACACCACGCCCACCCAGCACAGAAAGUAUACGGGUGUAUACACCGCCGGGAGUCUUCCAGACGAGGGGGUUUCUGAAACCGGAUCCAUAUCCGGGGGUUGCGGCUUGGGGGGUGAAUGCGAGGCCGGAUACGACGUUUACGGAGAUGAUUGAUCAUGUGGGGUUUAGGGAUAAGAGGGGGCAGCCUUGUUAUCGGGUUAGAGAUGGGAACGCAUAG